CUCUCGGCCGCACCCCACGCUGACGCCCGCCGCGGAGCGCCGGAGAGCUAGCCCCGUCCAGCUGUGUGCGCGCCCCGUCCUCCAAGCCCGUGACAGCCCCCCGUCGCAACGAGACGACACCGCAUAUACAUCAUGAGUCUCAAGAUCUGCUGUGAGCAGCUGAGUGAUGCCAGGUGGACGGAGCUCCUGCCGCUGAUCCAGCAGCACCAAGUGGUCAGGCUAGAGGACUGUGGCCUCACGGAGGGACGGUGCAGAGACCUCAGUGCCAUGCUGCGGGCCAGCCCCACCCUGACUGAGCUCUGUCUGAGCAACAACGAACUGGGGGAUGCUGGUGUGCACCUCGUGCUGCAGGGCCUGCAGAGCCCCACGUGCAAGAUCCAGAGUCUCAGCCUGCCGUACUGUGGCCUGACAGAGACUGGCUGUGGCGUCCUGCCCAGUGUGCUGCCCUCCAUGCCCACUCUGCGAGAGCUGCGCCUUAGUGGAAACCAGCUGGGGGAUGGGGGCCUGCGGCUGCUCGCCGAGGGACUCAUGGGCACCCAGUGCCAUCUGGAGAAGCUGCAGCUGGACUAUUGCGGCCUCUCAGAUGCCAGCUGUGAGCCUCUGGCCUCCAUGCUGCGGGCCAAGUCCAGCAUCAAGGAGCUGGUCAUGAGCAAUAAUGACAUCCAUGAGGCAGGCAUCCGCACACUCCUCAGGGGCCUGAAGGACUCUGCCUGUCCAUUGGAGACACUCUGGCUAGAGAACUGCGGUGUCACGGCAGCCAGCUGCAAGGAGCUCUGUGAUGUUCUGGCUGCCAAGCCCUCUCUGCAGGAUCUGGACCUGGGCAACAACAGGUUGGGCGAUGUGGGUAUUGCAGCGCUGUGCUCAUGCCUGCUGCACCCCAGCUGUAGGCUCAAGAAGCUGUGGCUCUGGGAGUGUGAUAUCACUGCUGGGGGCUGCAGGGACCUGUGCCAGGUCCUCAGGGCCAAGCAGAGCCUAAAGGCGCUCAGUCUGAUGCUCAACGGGCUGGGGGACGAGGGUGCCCGGCUGCUAUGCGAGGCCCUGCAGGCGCCCACCUGCCAGCUGGAGUGUCUAUGGGUUAAGGAAUGCAGCUUCACAGCCGCCUGCUGCCCCUACUUCCGGUCAGUGCUGGCCCAGAACAAGUUUCUCACAGAGCUGCAGUUGAGUGAGAACAAUCUGGGUGACAGUGGUGUGCAGGAGCUGUGCCAGGCCCUGGGCCAGCCACAUUCCGUGCUGCAGGUGCUCGGGUUGGGGGACUGUAACUUGACCAGUAGCAGCUGUAGCAACCUGGCCUUGGUCUUGCUGGCCUGCCACAGCCUGCGGGAGCUGGACCUCAGCAACAACGGCCUGGGGGACCCUGGCAUCCUGCAGCUGGUGGAGGGCCUCCGGCAGCCAACUUGUGCCCUAGAGUGCCUGUUCUUGUUCGAUGUCUACCUGAGCGAUGACAUGAGGGACCAGCUAGAGGCUCUGGAGAGGGAGAAGCCGUCCCUGAAGAUCAUCUCCUGAGGCGCACCUUGUGCAGGCUCCCAGAACUGGCCCUCUGCACAUGGACCUGCUCUGGGCUCCCUCAGAGGGGGUCCUGGCUGUGACUGGACAGAGACGCUGUGUUCCUACUUCGUGGUAGAAUUAUUAAAGGGCUUUGUUGGCA